AAAAUAAAAAUCUCUUUUAUGUUUUUUCAAUCCAUCUUCCAUUUUCUUCUUAACAAGAAAAUCCAUAUUCACCAGUAUUCCCAUUUUUCUAUUUUUCAAAAGAAUGAGUUCGGACUCCGAAAGCGUCGGCUCCAGCACUCGUACUUUCAGCCCAAACCCUAACCAAGGACUCCAAAAUUACCAAACUGCCACUGUGCGGGACCCACCUCAUACUAACCAGAGGAGAAGCGUUGAGAACGACGAAUGCUUUUCCUGCAAACAAAAGGGGCAUUGGGCUAAAGAUUGCCCUCUUAAAUCCAAGAAGAAAUCCCAGCGGUUGGAAUCGAGCAGCGGCCAAAUCGACAACCCGGAGUUCCCGCAGAAGCAGUGUCCCUGCUGUGAAGGCGCGUGUCUCAUCCUCACCUCGAAGACGAAGAAGAAUCCGGGAAGGAAAUUCUAUAAAUGCCCAGCUAAGGACUGUACGUGUGAUUUCUUUGAGUGGUGUGACACUGCGCGCUUUGGUCAAAGACCAAAUGUUCCCAUGCCUCCUUACCCCAUGUGCUCUUGUGGUGCUGGAAAGUGCAGACUUCUUACUAGCAAUAUGCGGAGGGAUGCUGGUCAGAAGUACUUCGUCUGCCCUGUGAAAAAGGGUCAGGGAGCUUGUAACUUCUUCCAAUGGCAAGAUUGUCCAGGAAAGGACCAGGAUCCGAUUGACAGCUGCUCAGAUGAAAGCCUACACUUGAGUUAUUCUCAGUCAGUAUCUGACAAUGAUGAGAAAGACACUGAGGCAGCAACAGAUUGCAAGCAGGCAGAAGGAGAUGGUUGUGAACAAGAGAUAGUGUUAUCUAAUGGGUCAAACGAGAGUGGGCCAUUAUCUUCAUUGUGUGCUGAAAGAUCUCUAGUUAAGAAGGAGAUGGGCCAUCAUCAUCCGCCGAUAAAAAAAUGCGGUUUAUUACAUGAAGGGGGAGAAAGUGAUGGUGAUUGGACAAUAGAGAAAGGGUCUCCAUCAUUGCCUGGGGAAGGUUUUCAACUAGAGGCGGGCCACCAUUUGCUGAUCGAGAAGCUCGAUUUAAAUGAAGAAGGGGAAGGAGAUGGUGAUAGGAUGGAGGGUGUGUUGUUGUAUGGGUCAAUUGAGAAUGACUGUCCGUCAUCAGCUGGUAAAGAAUUUCAAGUGCAGGUGGGCCGCCAUUCGCCGAUCGAAGGGCUCGAAGAAGGAUAUAAUAAUGGACUGGAGGAUGUGAUAUUGCAUCAGUCAAUAGAGAAAGGGCCUCUGUCAUCAUCAAGUGAAGGAUUUGAAGUGGUGGUGGACCACCAUCCACCGAUCGAAAGGCUUAAUCUGCAUGAACAAGGGGUUGGAGAUGAUGACAGAGGUGAGGAUAUAUCAUUUGAUGAGUCAAUAGAGAGAGGGCCAGUUUCAUCAUCUGGUGGAGGAUCUGAAGUGGAGGAGGUGGGCCACCAUCUGCCUAGCAAGGAGCCCGGUUUACAUAUAUAUGGGGGUACAGGAAAUGUUAAUGGACGAGAGAGUGCAUCAUUCAAUACAUCAAAUGGGAAAGGAUCCCAACCGUUGCCUAGUACAGGAAGUGGAGUUGACAAGGUGGGCCACCGUUUGCAGAUCGAAGAACUUGGGUCACAAGGAGAAACCACAAACAGUGUGGUAGUACAGCCAAGGAAAUGUUCCCAAUCUGGCCAACAAAGGCAUUGGAUGAAAGGGGGUAGUCGAUCUCGACGGUCGAUUUGUUUCAAGUGUGGAAAGGUUGGACACUCGAAGGAAGACUGCACCACCUAGACAAAUAUGGACUUUCACAUACAUCCCCAUAAGUAAAAAGUGGGCCACCCAUGAAGAUCACCUGUGGCAAAUCAGGUUGGUCCACUCAAUGGGUGGGCCGCAUCGUUGAAAUCAAUCGAAAGCCAAUGGUCCUACUCAAUGCAGGUGUGUUGCUCACCUAGUGAGUCAAUGGACCAAAUUUUGAUGACAUGAUCAUAUGGUGCGACCCAUAUUUUGUGCUGCUUGGAUGUCUUACCAGCAUGGUGUAUUGACAUGAAAGGCGAUCUCUUCUCAUGUUUAUUGUCUAUAUCUAUGUAUCAAAGACGACUAAGCAUGCUGUUAGUUUAUUUACAUAUGUAUGUGUAUAGAUCAAUGGACAUUUUACCUGUUCAACGUUGAAUGUUGUUCUAUUGCCUA